GAUAUUCGGUCACUGUCCUAGAUGUCAAUACUGCUUUUAAUGUUUCUAUUUUUACUGGUAAUUGUCCAAGAUACAAACGUCACUAAGGAACAGUCUCGUAAGCACAAGCUAGGCUACCAGACUUCGGAAGAAAGUGAUUAAUUUCAGUCGUAAGCUGGUCAUACAACUGCACAGUGUUCUGGGCGUUCUUUAUUUAAAUAUAUCCGUGUAAGAUCGGAAGCCAAUAAUAAAGUAGCAGUUAGAUCUCGUUUGUUUAGUGUAGUGACCGCACUUGUACAUUGCAUGCCAGUUACUGUUCAGUUUGUGUUGUUGAACUCUGUAAUAAACCAUGAACGCGAUAGAAUAUGAGGAGGAAGAGUACGUGGACGUGAACAGGCUGCCACUAAAGCCGCCACAACCUUUGUUACCGGCGGAGAAGCCGGUGCGUCGGCCGUGGCACCCGGUCAUGUGGGACAGCUCCAUCAUUGGCAUUCCUCCUCCAGACCACAGGGAGUCGGAAGAGCCGCAACCACGCUCGCAGGAGUACCCACAUAAGCAACGCAUACGGAACCUGCGACGGCUCAUCGCCGAUGGCAAAGUGAAGCCUACUCCAGAGACACUUAUAUUUUUCCUUUGUAAUAAAUUCGCCAUUUCCGAUGAGCGGCAGAAGAAGGUAGUCCUCUAAUUUAAGUCUUACGGCAAAAACUACAAGUAUUAUUAUCUAUUAAUAACCAUAUCAUACACAUUUUGUUUUGUACUCUUUAAAAUGUAAAUAUAAAAUGAUAUUUUUUAA